GCGCAUGUCAUCACAGUGUUGUAUAGCUAUAACAGAUUUCCUAAUCUGAAGUCGUCAGCUUUGACGGCUAAUAUCUCGAUUCACAGAACAGAGCAACGCUUUUUUCUACCAGAUUCUUUCAUUCACUACGGAGCUGAACCAUAUACUUCAUUAUCCUCCUUAUUUUUAAGUUGCCUCGAAGAAAGCGAUAUCAUGAAUGUUCUUACACGGUGUCCUGGAUUAUACUGCGGCAGGGAAUUGCUGCCAGAUGGUAACUGGAGCAGUUGUGGAGCUUGUCCACGCGGUUUCCGCGCCAACGCUUCAUCGGCAUGUGAACCCUGUGAGGACGCUCCGAUGUUCUACGAUUGGUUGUAUCUAGGCUUUAUGGUCCUGUUGGCUUUAGUCCUGCACUGGUUCUGCAUCGAUAUGAUUGCCAUGCGUCGUAAUAUACCCAAAGAAGUGAUCGCCCUUCAUCUCUCUGCACUAUUUGAAGUAGUCUUGGCGUCCCUCAUAGUCCUUCAGUUAACAGAUCCCAUUGGAUCGUUCAGCGUUAAAUCAUGUAAAGCAAAAAAAUUAUCAGACUGGUAUACACUACUGCAUAAUCCGAAUCCUAAUUAUGAAGUAACUUUACAAUGCACGCAAGAGGCAGUUUAUCCAUUAUACACUAUGGUUUUUGUCUUCUACGCUUUAGGAAUAAUUCUCAUGCUAUUAAUAAGGCCAUUAAUAGCUAAGAAAUUUUUGCCCAAACAGGGCAAGUUUACUAUUUAUGCAGCGUUGUAUUUCUAUCCAAUCCUUGCGUUGCUCCAUGCUGUAGGAGGAGGUCUAAUAUAUUACUCUUUCCCUUAUAUUCUUAUUAUCCUGUCGGUGCUUUCAAAUGCAGCACAUUUUGCAUUUAAAUUGAACCAAACAGUAAAGUCAUUAUUGUUGAGUUCCGUCUCAGAUAUAAAGAAUGUGAUUGUCAUUCUGGGUCACUGGUUGCUGCACGGAUACGGCGUGAUAGCGAUUGCAACUCUUCGAGAAAUCACUAUUCAUCCCACGAUGUUACUUCUAGUUGUCUUGCCUGCUCUAUUUUAUAUUAUAACAGCGAAGUUCACUGAUCCACACAAACUGCAUAUUGAAUAAGUCUCCCAAUAUAAAUACAUAUAGAUACAUAUAAUGUUUAUAUAUAUCAUCU